AUGGAAUUGGAGAAUUCAUUGCCCUCAUAUGAUUCUGUCAUUUACAAUAGAACCACCAAAGUUAAGCUCUCCUGGCCAAAGACAACUGAAUUCAACAGCAUUAUUAUAGUAAACUACUUGAAUAAUACAAAUAAGUUUCGGUUGAGAUACAACAUUGCCAAUGGAUUACUAGACUUGAGACAGAUAAUCGAAAGAAAGUUUAACAUAACUCGAAAUACAACAUAUUCCAUUGGCGUAUUUGACACGGAAAUAGAUUUGGUAUCAAUAGAAGAUGAUGAAGACCUUAUGGAAAUAUUCAAUAUUUGGAGUAUCACUAAGGAAACACCAUUGACCUUCAAUAUAUAUGAUCAUAGAUUACAAUACAAAAGAGUUUUGGAAUCAUAUAAGAAAAGAUUUUUAGAAAAUGAGAAGUUUAUCACCAAGCUUGAAAUGAUUCGAUAUGAAUGA